AGUAUUCUUGGAGCAGCUGGGAUUACCGAAAAUUGUGGCCCAGAUUUAAAAUAUAGGAAGCGGACAGGGAAACUCUGACCUCUUCACACAAACAUAACUCAUCAAAGGGGACAGCAUUCCUAAUAGCCGAAAGUACAAUGUAUGAGGCAGGAAGCUGUGGCAAAGGAGCCUGUGAAGGAAUUGCAAGCAGAGUUAACAACCAGAACACCAGAAAUGAACACCAGUCUGAACAGAUCCUUGCUGAAUACAAAGUGAGGGCCAUGGAGUGUCACCCAGACAAGAAUCCUGAUAAUCCCAAAGCAGUCAGUGAUUUUCAGAAGUUACAGGAGGCCAAAGAGGUUCUGACCAAUGAAAACACAAGGAAUAAUUACAACCUUUGGAUACGCAGUAAAAUAACAAUACCAUUCCGUGACUGGCAAGCCCUUGGCGACUCAGUCAAAACUUCAAUGCAUUGGGCUGUGAAGACCAGGAAGGAGCCAAUGCUGGAGGACUCAAAGGACACACCCUUACUCAGCCCACAGGACGCAGUCUGUCAGAGCGAGGAGCCAGCCUCAGAAAUGCAAUUUCCUGAAACCGUAAACACUCCAAGUGAGAACUACAGCCAUUUGCAUUUCCGUUGGGCCGCUGGCACUCCGUCUGUUCUUUUAAGGAAAUUCAGAAAUUAUGAAAUAUAAUCUUCUGAUGAUAAGAAUAGGCCAUUUUCUGUGCUGCUUGACCUUAUAGACAUAAUACACUGACAUGACACCUGGUGUAUUUGCAUAAAUUAGAAAGCAGUUCAGUUUAAUUUAUUCUGUUUCCAUUGUCAGUUUGUGAAAAGAAAUAGUAGUGGUUUAUUAAGUGUUGUGGAAAAAUAAACGAAGGUCAUGUCUUGAGUGCCAUAUCUGGUCCCUUCUGACGUGACCAACUGUGCACUUGU